AUGAAUCAGGACUCGAGCGGCGGGAGCAAUGCAGAAAUGGAGCUCUUCGACUGGCCCAGCCUGGACAAUUACGGCUUUGAGGAUCUCGGACUCUCAACGCCUCUCGGUCAUUCCAUCUUUGGCAUGGAAGUAGACACGAACCUCGCCUUUCCCUAUUUCGGAGGAGGAUUGGGUGGUGGCGGGCCGAUGCCACGAGCUACAUCGUAUUUGGUAGAAGACAUCCCCUGUGGGGUGCCUCCCGCUGCUGAUGACGGAUUACAGAAGCCUUGUCGACCGUUAUUACAGGAGGAUGAGACGAGCAGUUCGACGCGGGAAAACUCGAGAUCACCAUCCGAGCCUGCGACAGAAUCCGCCAACCUUCUCCAAACAUUCUAUCGACUAUCUGUCCCGAGCGCUGUCCCCGGCUUCUCGGACGACGAUCUCGUCAGCCAUUACUUCAACAACGUAUGCACCCUCUAUUCGUGCUUCGACUCCGAUCUCAAUCCAUUCCGAACACUCGUUGCCGAACAAUGGAUGGACUGCAAGACCACGCGACUCAGCAUCGAGAGUAUGAGCGUCGGUCACCUGGCAAACUUCUACCCUCACAUGGCCUCACUCGGCCUGGCCAAGAGAUCACAGGCCUGGCUCAGUCUCCAGCACGACCUCCAACUCUUGCGGGAAGGAAAGCAAGAUACGGAUCGCGUUCUGCUCUGCCUCCUGCUCCAAGGCUUGUCCUCGACAUGGCAUCAAGCCUCCAACCUCGGACUACAAUACCUGUUCGUGGCACGGGGGAUGAUCCAAACACGACUGCAGCAACACGGCAGGAUGGCGUCCCACGACAAGUCCUCGCGAAAUGACAAUUUCUUCCUCGACGCGCUGCUACACUGGGAAAUGCUCGCCAGCUUCGUGGACCCAGUCCCUCUCCUCUCCCUCCCCGGCCUCAAGUGCCCGAGCCUACCCAUCCCCGGCCGCCAGGAAGGAGGCGUCUCGCCUCAUCCUUGGACCGGUGUCGCAAGUACACUACACUUCAUCCUCGCAGAAGUCGGUCGGAUCCUCCGACGCCAUAGAUACGUCGCGUCGCCCAACCUCGACGCGCGCCGAAAGGAACACCUGCGCUCCGCGGAUGAGGAAUGGGCGGCGAAAUUGGAAGGCGCGCUUGUGGGUGCGGAGAUGUGCGAGGUGGAAGAUGUGCUUGAUUAUGGAGAUGCGAGGACGCCCAAGAUCGAUCUGGUGAGGAUGGCGAGGGCCUAUCGAUAUGUUGGAUUACUAGAACUGUAUGCGCAUUUCCCAAGCCUGCUGCAGGAGAGGGUCGGCAAUCGCACCCUGCCGAAGGAUCUAAUAUUCUUGUCCAUGGCAACGGAUACGAUGGGAUACGCGAGUGAUGUGGACCUCCGGCUGACGGGCAUCGCAACACACAUCCUGGACAGCAUCAAGCCCGUGUCCAUCAUCUCCGCAGCGUGUCGUCUACUGCCGCUCGUCCUCCUGUCACUGGCGAGUCAACUGAGAUUGCCGGAUAGCACGAUGGACAGCCAACAAUACGACGAGAUGAUCGAGGCGAGAUACUUUUUGGAGGCGAGGAUGCUCACGCUGUCGAGGAAGUAUGCACAGAGAUCGGUGUUGCAGAUGAUGGAGAUUGUGAAGGAGGUCUGGUCGAGGUUAGACAGCGGGACGAGUGGGGCGCAUUGGAUGGAUGUGGCGCAUGAUAGGUCGUGGCUGACGAUGUUCGGAUGA